AUGGCUCCAACCAUCAUCGCAUUCGACCUCUACGGGACCAUACUAUCCACGGACUCGAUUGUCAAGGCAUUGGUCGGCCUGUUUGGAGAUGAAAAAGCCAAGACAAUUGCGACACAAGCGCGGCGGUAUCAGUUGGAGUAUACAUGGCGGAUAAACAGCAUGGGCAUGUAUCAGUCGUUUAGUGAAUUGACUCGAUGGUCAUUCCGGCAUGCUACCGCAGAGGUCGGCGAGAAGCUGUCACCGGAGCAAGAAGAGACGAUCAUGAAUGCCUACAACGGUCUAGACGCAUUCCCCGAGGUCGAAGCAGCCCUCAACCUCAUCUUAAAGUCUCCCAACAUUGAGGCAUAUGUCUUUUCCAACGGCACCGAAUCCAUGAUUGCAUCGUCGCUGAGCACUUCGCCGUCGCUGGCUGGGUCUAGCUCUGUCUUGCCGACUUCGCGGAUUGUCAGCGUUGACCCUCUGCGGGUGUUUAAGCCUGAUCGACGGACGUAUGAGCACUUUGCCAAGGUUGUGAACUUGGAAUCUCAGGCAGGCGAGUUAUGGCUGGUGACCUCGAAUCCUUUUGACGCUGUUGGUGCGAGGGCGGCGGGGUGGAGGAGUGCCUGGGUUAACCGGAAUCCGAAUCUGGGCUGGAUUGAUGGGUUGGGCGGUGCGGUUGGAUUGAAUCCGACUGUGAUUGUCAAGGGAGUGGAUGAAGCUGUUGAAAAGAUUAUUGAGACUGAUAUCCAAGGUUAA